AUGGAACAUGAGAUAUCACUGAAUACUAAAGUGCUAGAUAAUACUGGAAUGCCGGAACACAGGAUAACCUUGCCGAACACUGAAAAAUUGGAUAAAACUGGAAUAUUGGACAACACUGGAAUACCUGAUAACACUGGAUUACUGGAUAAUCUUGGAAUGUUGAAAUAUUGGAUAGCACUGGAACGUCGACACACUGGCAACACUGGAAUACUAGAUACUGGAUAA